AUGCUGUGUGCUGAGCUGUUCUGUGAUGUGGCUGCACCCGCUUUCUGCAUCGCCCACCUGGCAGUGGCAGCCCUGGCAAGCUGGCCAUCUUUUCAACGGGGCGAUCCUGUUUCUCACGUCACACAACGGCCUUCUUUUCCCUCGUCCAUCGUCGAUCCAGUGUCUGCUCUCUCUCUCCCUCUCGCCCUCUCUCUCGCCCGCAAGAUGAGCUCAUUCAACAGCGGCAGGCCGUCGGAGAAAAGGCCUGCCAAUCGGGACCCGCAGCAACCCCAGCCAACCUCCCACGACGCCGGCCGUGCUCUGAUGCGACCGUAA